ACAGAGCUGCCGGCGCCCUACGGCCCCUGGAUGGAGAUUGCCCAUGACCUGCCCCGGCUGAUCGUGAGCCGCCGGCUCCGCUCACAAGUGCUCAAGAUGCCGCAGCUGAGCGCCCGGCACCUGCGAGGACGCGAGGAGCUGCACUUGGCGCAUCUGGUGCUCAGCUUCAUGACGAUGGGCUACAUCUGGCAGGAGGGCGAGGAGGGCACCGUCAAGGUGCUGCCCCAGAAUCUUGCUGUCCCAUUCUGGGAGGUCUCACAGGCCCUCGGUCUCCCCCCCAUCCUCAGCCAUGCGGACUUUGUGUUGGCCAACUGGAGGAGGAAGAAUCCCGAUGGGCCUCUGGAAAUGGAGAACCUGGACACCAUCAGCUCGCUGCCCGGCGGAGAGAGCCUGCGGGGGUUCAUCCUCGUCACGCUCCUGGUGGAGAAGGCGGCUGUGCCGGGGAUUAAGGCCGUCCUUCAGGCCCUCCGUGCCAUCCCGCAGCUGGAUGAGGAGACCCUGCACGAAGCCCUGCAGGAGCUGGCGGACGCCAUCGGCGCCAUGAACCAGGCUUUGAAGCGGAUGCACGACUACGUGGACCCAGCAGUGUUUUACGCUGUGAUCCGGAUCUUU